AACACGAUCCCUUGUCUCAUAAAUUUGCAUGAGUAAACACCAGAAGCAGAAUAAAAUAAACUUGAUGAUUUACCAGAGCACUUCUAGAAUUAUCUCACUGCUUAAAAAGGCAAAGGGAUCCAGCUAUUGCAACUGGAUGCAACCAGUCGCUGGUGGAGAUGGCAGAUGCCCCGGUUCCUGAAAAUGAGACUCCAGAUUUUAAAUUGUUUUCAUUCCAAGACUUCAACCUAAUCUCCGGGAUGCACUUUCCCGAUGAGGUGGAGCAAAUAAAAAACUGGGAAAUCCGUGACUCGGACGUGUUUUUGUUGUCCUACCCAAAGUCAGGAACAACCUGGAUGCAGCAGAUCCUGAGUAUGAUUGAGGCUAAGGGAGAUAUCACAGCCACCUCCAACCAGCUGAUAUCACAACGCGUCCCCUGGAUUGAGAUUCUGCACGACAAGGAGAAGUUCACCACUGCGGCUUCCCCUCGGUUACGCACUUCACACCUACCUUACAAGUUGCUCCCAAGGGAACUCACAAAGAAACGUGGCAAGGUCAUCUAUGUGGCCAGAAACCCCAAGGAUGUCCUGGUCUCCUACUUUCAUUUCCAUAACUUUGCUGCCAUGCUGGAGACGCCCAAGGACUUUAACGACUUUUUCGAGAAAUUUAUGGAGGGAAAAGUGUUUGCAAGCAAUUGGUUUGAGCACAUCAAGACCUGGUACCUGCACAGGCAUGAAAUGGACUUUCUUUACGUCACCUACGAGGAGAUGAUUCAGGAUCUAAGAGCAGUGGUGGAGCGGAUCUGCUGCUUUCUAGGGAAGGACCUGAGCUCCUCGCAGAUGGACAAUGUGGUGAUGCACUGCACCUUCGAAAGCAUGAGCAAGGAUUCAUCGGUCAACCAGAAACGGGUACCUGAGACAUUUCUCAAUCACCAGAAAGGGACUUUCAUGAGGAAAGGGACUGUCGGUGACUGGAAGACACACUUCACUGUGGCCCAGAGUGAAAGAUUUGACCGCAUGUUCCAGGAGGAGAUGAAAGAUGUGCCACUCCGCUUCGUUUGGGACAUCAAAGAUCUUUUAACGUAGAUAGAAUUCUACCAGGAUCCAGCAGCCAUCUGUAAUGAAGGUGGGGAGCGGCAGGCAAGCUGAAUGAUAGAUUGGUUUCACAAUGCCUUCCCUAUUAAUGGGAGGCAUGAGUGUAGUUCUGUGUGUUAGUGCCCAUGGUUGAAAGGUAAUAAUAAUCAUCAAUACUUCAUUGAUUGUCUUUAUGUCUCCUUAAUGAAUCAGAACACUCAAAACUCCAAUUAAGCAGGUGUGAUUCUCAAUCAUAUUCUGAAGAUGGGAGCAGCAGAUCAGAAACUUUCAGGAAUCAUUGUCUUCGGUGCCUGGGUUUCCAUGAUUUCAGUAGUUUUACCGUUUUACUGAACAUUCCAUUAAAACGUGUGUGAAUAAACCCGU